AGACAACACUUCGCCUGUAGAUUGGAAACCAUUUGCUCCUAAUCGCUAGAUGUCGGUCCCACGAACUAUGAUUCCAGUCACGGAGUUUAAGCAGUUUACUGACCACCAGCCUGCGUUUAGAGUGUUGAAACCAUGGUGGGAUGUCUUCACUGACUACAUAGCCAUUGCCAUGUUGAUGAUCGGUGUGUUCGGAUGCACAUUACAGGUCAUGCAAGACAAGAUCAUUUGCCUCCCGAAGCGUAUCUCACCCCACAAUCUUCACCCUGUUCAAAAUCAAACCUUGGUCAACAUUUCCUCAGGUCAGUUUGUCACACCAGCAAUGUUGCCACUAUCACGCCCAGCCUCUCACACUUCAAUUGAAAUGAAGGGACUGAAAACAAACCUUGACCUUCAGCAGUACAGCUUUAUAAACCAAAUGUGCUAUGAGCGUGCCCUGCAUUGGUAUGCCAAGUAUUUUCCCUAUCUCGUCCUGAUACACACUCUGAUCUUCAUGCUGUGCAGCAACUUCUGGUUCAAAUUCCCUGGCUCCAGCUCGAAGAUCGAGCACUUCAUCUCGAUCCUGGGCAAGUGCUUCGACUCGCUGUGGACCACCCGCGCCCUGUCCGAGGUCUCCGGCGAAAAUCCCGAGGAGAAGGACAGAAAGAGCAGCCAGAAGAGUCACCAGGUCCGAGUGGCACCGGGGCUGCCCAGCACUGAAGGCAACCUGGUGAAAACGCAGUCCUUGCGCUCCAUUCCCGAGAAGAUAGUGGUGGAGAAGCCAACGGUCAGUGCCCUGGACAAGAAGGAAGGUGAGCAAGCAAAGGCACUGUUUGAAAAAGUCAAAAAAUUCCGACUUCACGUGGAGGAAGGAGACCUUCUGUAUUCCAUGUAUGUCCGUCAGACCAUCAUUAAAGUCAUUAAGUUCAUCUUCAUCGUUGCAUAUAACAGCAUCCUGGUCUCUAAAGUCAACUUCACUGUGGAUUGCGAGGUCAACAUCCAGGAGAUGACCGGCUACUGUAAGUUUUCCUGCAAUCACACCAUGGCCCACCUGUUCUCCAAGUUGUCCAUUUGCUAUCUGUGUUUUGUCAGUGUCUACGGCCUCACCUGCCUAUACACACUGUACUGGCUCUUUUACCGAUCUCUUAAGGAAUAUUCCUUUGAGUACGUCCGCCAAGAGACUGGGAUCGACGACAUCCCAGAUGUGAAGAAUGACUUCGCCUUCAUGCUGCACCUGAUAGACCAGUACGACCCGCUGUACUCCAAGAGGUUUGCGGUCUUCCUGUCCGAGGUCAGUGAGAACAAACUGAAGCAGCUGAACCUGAACAACGAGUGGACCCCGGAUAAACUCCGGCAGCGGCUGCAGACCAAUGCUGAGAACCGGCUGGAGUUACAGCUGUUCAUGCUGUCGGGGUUGCCAGACACAGUGUUCGAACUGACUGAGUUGCAGUCUCUCAAGCUGGAGAUCAUCAACAAUGUCACCAUCCCAGCCACCAUUGUGCAGCUGGUGGACCUUCAGGAGCUCUCCCUGUACCAGUGCUCAGUCAAGAUCCACAGCGCCGCCCUGGCGUUCCUGAAGGAAAACCUUAAGGUCUUCCGUGUCAAGUUUGACGACAUCCGUGAGCUCCCACACUGGAUGUAUGGGCUGAAGAGUUUGGAAGAGUUGCAUCUUCAAGGCUCUUUGAGCCCUGACCUCUCCAAGAACAUCACCCUGGAGUCCUUGCGGGAACUCAAAAGCCUCAAGGUCCUUUGCAUUAAAAGCAACUUGACCAAAAUCCCACCCACAAUCGUUGAAACUUCCAGUCACCUUCAAACACUGCGCAUUCAAAAUGAUGGCACCAAACUGGUGAUGCUCAACAGCUUGAAGAAAAUGGUGAACCUAACUGAGCUGGAGCUCAUCCACUGUGACCUGGAGCGAAUACCCCACGCUGUCUUCAGCCUGACUAAUCUUCAGGAGCUGGACUUGAAAGAAAACAAUCUGAAAUCCGUCGAGGAAAUUAUCAGCUUUCAGCAUUGCCGCAAGCUCACCUGCCUCAAGAUGUGGCACAACAGCAUCAUGUACAUCCCGGAGCACAUCAAGAAGCUCUCGAGCUUGGAGCGUCUCUACUUCAACCACAACAAGAUCGAGGUUCUGCCCUCGCAUCUUUUCCUGUGCAACAAGCUGAGGUCCUUGGACCUGGGCUAUAACGAUAUCCGGUUCAUUCCGCCAGAGAUAGGCGUUCUCCAGAACCUGCAGGAGUUCACCAUCACCGGCAACAAGGUGGAGAGCCUGCCCGACGAACUGUACUUCUGCAAGAAGCUGAAGGCACUGAGAAUCGGCAAGAACAACCUGUCCGUCCUGUCCCCGAAGAUCGGCAACUUGGCGCACCUCACGCUGCUGGAGCUGAAGGGGAACCAUUUUGAGGGGUUGCCUGCAGAGCUGGGCGCGUGCCGGGCACUGAAGCGAAGCGGUCUAUUGGUGGAGGACGCCUUGUUUGAUGUGUUGCCAUCCGACAUCAGGGAACAAAUGAAGACGGAGUAGAAUGUGGGGUCAAAAGGGACAGUCUAAAUGUCAGCCAUAUUGUCACCACUUUU